GUCGUAUUUAUAUUUAUAGGAUGGUAAUGCAAUUUGACGACGAUAGACACCAAACUGGACGGAUUGAAUCUUUUGAAUCAGAAAAUGGAGGGAUUGAAUCUUUUGAAUCAGAAAAUGGAGGGAUUGAAUCUUUUGAAUCAGAAAAUGGAGGGAUUGAAUCAUUUGAAUCGGGAAAUGGAGGGAUUAAAUCAUUUGAAUCGGAAAAUGGACGUUUUAGUGAAAUGUAUAAAAAAAAUUGGAAAAUAUAUGCGUCAAAGAUGGCAAAUCAGAACUUCAACACCCGAACUUCCAGAAGUGAUCCCGACAUAUCCGAAAACACAACAACCUGAGCCUGAAAAACCUAGUUCUGAAACUCCCGGAGAACAGAAAGAAAAAAGAAGAAAAAAGAAGAAGAAAGAGAAAGGAGAACCAGAAGUCAGUACCAGUGCAGGAACUACAUAUUCUUUUGAUCUAGAUGCCACGUUAUCAACUGGGCCCCCGUCGAGAGACGCAUUAAAAGCUCAAUGUAAAGAACCAAGAGGAAAUUUUCCAAGUCCAAAUUCCAACGAAAAGUACAUUUCAUGUUGGGAUGGAUCAGUAGUCGAACUGACAUGUCCUGAAAAUAUGGUAUAUCACCCAGAAAUAGGAUACUGUGUAGGAAAUUUUGGUGAUUAGAAUCACCAUAUUAAAAAAAUAAAAUUGGUGAUAAAAGUAGUAUAUUUUGGUAGGUUCUGAAACCUCAACCCGCAACCACCUCAACCUCAACCCGCAACCACCUCAACCUCAACCACCGCCGCGCCACCAUAUUCCCUACGUAACCGACAUAUCGUACAAGCAUUAUCAUUUUCUUAUCACUGUUAUCAAGCAUUAUUACCAUAAAUGUUAUCAAAUGUUAUCAUAUAUUUUUACCGCGCGGCCCGAUCACGGUCUUGUAUUAAAUCAACAUAUAUUUUUAUCUCACACAAUCAUAUAUUAUUGUAAUCAGUUAUCACUUUGUUAUCAAAUAUUUUUUACCGCCGCUCGCAUACAUUUAAUCAGUUAUAUAUUUAUUACCACCACCACCCAUUGAACGAUAUACUGUUAUAUUUAAAUACACGUUGAAUAAUAUACACAGAAUACUGUACUAUAAAAUAUUAUUCGCGGUUGAUGUUAAGAGACAUUUCUUAGAUGUACAUAUUAUAAAUAUUAUCGAUAAAUGAAAACUAAUAGCUUGCACCUGCAUACUUAGUACUCUAUUGCCAAAUCCUUUAUUCAAUUAACUAAUAGCUAUGAAAACUAAUAGCUUAAUAAUCGCACGUGUCGCCAGGAUGUCGUGGACUUUUAAUAGGUAUCCUUAUUCAAAUAAAUAUCAAUAAUCACACAAUACCUUGCAAAAACCAUUAUUAUUAUUGCCGCCGCCCAUUGAACGAUAUACUAUUAUAUUUAAAUACACGCUAAAUAAUAUAAUCAUAUAAAUACUCUAACAACGUAUAGUCUCCACUUAUAAUUUUAGAAAAAUAAUAUAACAUACAAAAAUGUUAUUAAAUUUAGACUUGCUCGCCAUUUAUAUUGAAAGACCCUUUAUCAUUCACACACCACCUGUACAUUAGUGAUUGAAAGACAUUUCAUGCCAAAUGAUAGUAAUAAUCACAAAUAAAUGUCUUCUUAUUGUGUCCUACCGGUCGCCAGGAUGUCGCACGCUAAUGAUAUUAAAAUUAAUAAUAUAUAAAUAAUGAUAUUAGUGAAUAAUACAUUCCAGCAAAAUCCAUUAAUAUUGAAAAAAUGUUCCCACCUAUUUAAUUUCCAGGCACCGCGAUCGGACUGAAAGAGCCGGUGGCCGUUUAGUCCGUCUACUGCCUUAAACCGUUGUACACGUCUACGCGCGUCUUUAAAAAUUUUAUAGUGAGUUUAAAAGUAUUACAAGUGUAUAAACAUUUUAUUAUUUUUCUUUUCGUUUUCAUUUUAAAUAUGUUUAAAUGCGAACAGUGCCCGUUGGUUUUCACCCGUAAAGAUAAUUUAGUCAGACAUGGGAAAACUCAUACCGGUAUUCGUUUUCCAUGUACUAUAUGUCAGUCAACAUUUACAUACAAAACCAGUCUCACCAAACAUUUGAAAAAUGCUCAUGGUAUGUAUACUUAUUUAUUUUUAUUAAUAAUUUAUAUCUAUUAUUAAUUUAUAUCUAAUAUUUUUUCCAAGGCAUCGCUCCGUCUUAUAGCCAGCCUGCAUCUCAACCAGUACGACAGAGUGUCAUACAGUUCGCGCCUCGCAUUGCUCCACAGAUCCAGAUUACCCCUCAAAUUUCCGUUCCCGAUGGCUCAGCCGGUAGAUCAAAUAUGUUAACCGAAGACGAGAUGUGUAUGCAAGCCAUGGACGAAUUUGAGAAUAAAGGUUAGUUUAUCGGGAUUAAUUAGAUUUUUAAAAGACCCGCUGAUUUUAUUUUAUCCGUC